UUAGCAGUCAUUGACGUGAAAGUGGGCACAACGCGACUGCACAGCUCGCUGCGUGCGAUGGAGCCGUUGACGUACGAGAAGUAUGUGGACGCUGAGGCGCGCUGGCCGUCGACGGGCCGCGUGGUGCUGGCGCACCAAACGUCGUCGCACGUCGUCGUGUACCAGGCGUACAAUGCCAAGCUCGCGGCCGCGAUCGUCGCCGCGCAGUGCCUGCACGCACCGAGCGUGGUCGCCGCCGGCUACAGCCUCCAGCGCAUGACGUGGAUCAAACCCAACUUUCUCUGGAUGAUGUUUCGGUCGAAGUGGGCAACAGCGAUCAACCAAGAGGGCAUUCUCGCCCUGUACGUCCAGCGCGAUGCCUUCAACCAGCUGAUCACGGACGGCGUGCUCAGCACAUGCGAGGACGGCGCGGUCACGCGGGACGAGUGGACGCAGCGCAUUCUCAACUCCAACAUUCGCUUGCAGUGGGACCCCGACCACGUGCCCGACGGCAGCCGCCACCUCGGCCGCCGCGCGCUUCAGAUUGGCCUUCGCGGCGACGCACUUCUCGCGUUCUCCUCGUCGAUGGUCGACGGCAUCGUGGACGUGACUGACUUUGUCGCGGCGCAGCGACCUUACGUGGCAGCCCGACAGCUCGAUGCGCUUCUCGUGCCUCAUGAAGACGUGUUUGCGUGGAACCCUCUGGAGCCCGCCACGUCAUUGCCACACCAUUAAUAGAAGAGAACAUUUCGAAGGACUUGGACUUGGAAUCGUGUGAUGAGUUUAGCUGGGAGCGACGCUAUUAUAGUUCUG